AUGGCCAAGCGCACGAAGAAGGUCGGCAUCGUCGGAAAAUAUGGAACCCGCUAUGGUGCUUCUCUUCGUAAGAUGGUGAAGAAAAUGGAAGUAACUCAACACUCGCGGUACACCUGCUCGUUCUGUGGAAAGGAGGCCAUGAAGCGCAAAGCCGCCGGAAUCUGGGACUGCUCGAAGUGCCACAAGACUGUUGCUGGAGGAGCCUACGUUUAUGGAACCGUCACGGCCGCCACUGUCCGAUCAACCAUCCGUCGUCUUCGGGACCUUAAAGAAUAA